AUGCCCGGAUCUGUAGCGAAGGCCAUCCUCGGCGGCUUGAAGAGGAUAUGGCAUUCAUGGAAUCUCCGGGGCUGUAUUCUCUUAAGCCUCUUCCUGCAGGCAUCUUUGCUCAUCUUAGCGCCAUUCAGAAAACGGUCGAGAAAGAAAUUGGUACACGGGGGCGUAUGGGUGGCGUACUUGCUAUGUGACUGGAUCGCCGCCGUUGCCAUUGGACUAAUCACCAAAAGCAAAGGCGAUGCUCGUGAGCAGAAGAUGGAGCUGAAGAUGCAAGGGAAGAUGAAGGAAGGGAGUGAGGCCUUCAUGGCUUUCUGGGCUUCCUUUCUUUUGCUGCAUCUUGGCGGCCCUGAUACAAUUACUUCUUUCGCGGUUGAGGAUAAUCAGUUCUGGUUUAGGCACCUCACGGGGCUCGUUGUUCAGCUUGUCAGCACUUCUUAUAUCUUCUACCAAACGUUCCCUACAUUUCAUGAUCUAUGGUUACCAACUGUCAUGGUGUUUGUUGCGGGAACUAUCAAGUACGCAGAGCGGACGCGUUCUCUCUAUCUUGCAAGCUCCGGCCAUUUUGGGAGCUCGGUGUUGCGAGGGGCGGACCCCGGGCCUGAUUAUGAAGAGGCCGUCACCAUAUACUCUUCCUUGAAUUUGAUCCAGGUUCCGACACACGCGGAGGUUAUACCGACCCUGGAGAUUGCGCCUCCCAACAAGGAUUCCAACUCCACCGGUACUACUGAUCAUCAAAAGGAACAAAGUUCGCUGUUGGAAGCCGACAUUAAAUUACUACAAGAAGCACAUCGCCUCUUCGAAAGCUUCAAGGGUCUUAUUGUGGGGUAUCUUUUGAGCUCAAAAGACCGAGAAUUGAGCCGACAAUAUUUUCUUACAAGAAAUGCAAAUGAGGCAUUCAGGCUAAUAGCGUAUGAGCUUAAUUUCAUGUACGAUCUUCUCCACACCAAGGUUGUUGUGGCUCGAACCCAAAUUGGGUAUUUCUUCCGCUUUAUUAGCUUUUCUACAAUCCUGGUUGCAUUCAUGCUCUUCCGUUCAAUUGAGAAGCAGUACUACGGGGAUGAUAAAUACUUCGAUGUCAAUCUUUCUUACGCCUUGCUCGGUGGGGCGUUAGGCUUCGAGGCCGUAACUCUUCUCAUGCUUAUUUUUUCUGACUGGACCCUCAUUGCCAACAACUUCGGGUGGACCAGAUUCAUUGCAAAAAUCAUUUUGAAGAGACAAAGGUGGUCGAGGUCCAUUUCCAGGUAUGACAUGAUAAGCUAUUGCUUGAAAGUUCCUCCUCCAUGGUUUUCCCGGUUCGCUACUAAAGUGCGGCUUGGGGGAGUGCUAGACAAGAUUAACAUCUUUCUUUUCUCGCGUCAUCCAUACGCGGUCAGUGAAGAUCUGGAGGACUUUAUUUUCAACCAGCUGAGGAUGAAAUCUUUGACUGCAAACAAUUUAAAAGCUGCCAUGGAGGCAUGUUCGCAAAGGGGUGAUUGGGCUCUUAUGCAGACUUCCGGGUGUUUCAAACUAAAAUGGAGCAUCGAGGAGUAUCAAUACGCAGAAAGCCUUCUCCUGUGGCACUUGGCUACCGAACUACUCUAUCACACUGAUCUUAGCUGCUCUCAAGAAAAAGAAAAGCCUGAAUUGAUGGCCCCGGUAUUGGGAAAUUGGCAAAUAGCCUUCAAGGACACUUGUGAAGAAGCCAAGAGAUUCUUCAACCAAAAGGGAAUAAAAAGAUCGCAGCAAUUAGAAGCCUGUAAAAAAGUGUUAAUGGUGAAUACUUCCAAGUUCAGACCAGUUGCAGUGAAGGGAAGCAAAAGCAAAUCUAUCUUCUUCGAUGCAUGCAUCCUCGCAAAACAGCUCCGGAAUUUGGAAGUAGACCAAUGGAUGCUGAUGAGCCGAGUUUGGGUGGAAUUGAUGUCUUAUGCUGCCAUCAAGUGUAUACCUCUUGUGCACGCACAGCAACCCAGCAAGGGUGGAGAGCUCUUGACAUUCGUUUGGUUACUGAUGAAUCACCUUGGCUUGGGAACACAGUUCUACGAGCAUGAGCGCGAAAUUCGAACCAAAAUGGCCGAUCUUAGUCAAGGUCAGGAGGGUGGUCAUACAGAGGGAAACAGCCAGAACCAGGAAAAGGAAGAAAAGCAGGAAAGCGGCUGCACGUCCAGAUUAAUAAAGUUUUCAAAAUUAAAAUAUUGUUGCAAGUGA